AAAGAAGGCUCUGUGAGCUGUGGUUAAAACCCUGCGGCUAUCUAUAUAAACCCUAUUCACUCUUCGAUUUCCUUUCACUUAUUCACUCCUCCUCUGCCCUUCCAUCCCCCAAAACGCUGUCCUUUUUCGCCUUCUCCGGUUCGAUCCCUUUUUGGGUUUUUGAUUGUGCACCAGAUGUCUGUUGGCUUUUGCAAGAAGAAUCAGUUCUUUGUUUGGAGUGCAUUACUUUUCAUGAACCGAAGGAGGCUGUGGUGCUCAGGGAAGAUCUUGUUUCGGCAUUGGACUUGACAGUUUAGAAUUUUUUGUUGUGGGGUGGGUGGGAGGCUCUGGUUUAUGUGCAGAUAGCUCUCUUAGGAUUAUUGGCACCAUUAUUUUUAGUCUAGGUUUUCGCUAGCUUGCCCUCCUGGGCUGGUUGUUUUCAUUUAGUUUGGCUGUCUUUUUCUUUUUCUCUCAUUUCAAAGAUGAGGCUUGCGCCUGGGUUUCGCUUUCACCCAACUGAUGUUGAGCUGAUUAUGUACUAUCUCAAACGGAAGAACAUGGGGAAAGAACUUCUAUUUAAAGGCAUAACGGAACUCAACAUCUACGAUUUCUCCCCGGAGGACCUUCCAGACAAAUGUUUGUAUAAAAGUAAAGAUCGAGAGUGGUACUUCUUUUGCCCAACGAAGAGAAAGUAUGCUAGUGGAGUCAGAAUGAAUCGCUCUACUGGAACUGGAUACUGGAAAACUACUGGGAAAGAUAGAUCUAUUACUUCCGAUGGCAGGAGUGUUGGAUCAGUUAAAACACUUAUUUUUCAUCGAGGUCAAUCCCCGAACGGGCUGAGAACUGAUUGGGUUCUUCAUGAAUACAAGUUUGAAGAUAAAGAACUAAUUGAUGCAGGAUUUGCUCAGGAUUAUGUGCUUUGUAAAGUAUUCCAGAAGAGUGGGCCUGGUCCAAAAAAUGGUGCACAGUAUGGAGCACCUUUUAAGGAGGAAGAUUGGGAAGAUGCCAAGAUUCCUUCUGAACCUUGUACAUCAGAUGUUUUUCCGGUUGAUGAGGAGGUGCCUGGUCAAUUGAAUUCAUCCUAUUCUUUUUCUCCCCUGCUAAUACUUCCAGAGAAACAGAGUUGUCCAGUUGGCCCUAGCAUGGUGAACCCUGUUUCCGGACCUACUAAUGAGAUGCCUCCUGACGAGCAAGGUGAUGAGAUCGAUGGUCUAUUAGACAUUUUCACUGAAGACCCUACUCUGCUUUCUGCUGGAAAUGAGACUAAUCAGCAGAAUCUGGAGAACUUCAACCAAGAUGUAAAUGGUCCGCCUGCUCCUUCUACUGAUGAGAAUGAUAUAUUCGACGGCCUUGGAGACAUCGAUCACCGGGCAGGAGUAGGUCAAUCGAGAUCUGAUCUCUCUGCAAGUGGUGGAGCUAAUUAUAGUCUUAACCCCAUGAUUCUUCCAGAAGAUGCCUAUAUGGAGCUUGAUGAUUUUGAAAUCCCUUUAAAUAGCUGUGCUGAUACCAUUGGAACUGGACAAUUAAUGCUGGGCGAUUUCUGUGCGCCAUAUAACUCCAACAAUGACAUGCAGCAGCUCUGUUUUGGAAGCAAUUCCUUGGGCACAGUUCAUCAAGAUUUCGUUGGACAUCAUCUCCCGAUGCUCCCUGAAAGUUACAAAGAACAAGUGAAUGAUUCUGACACGGUUUAUAAUUUUCAGAAUAAUGUAAGCCAGGAUUGUAAUGCUGCGGCCGACUACAAUGUUAGUUCUUACAAGCAACCAGAGGAGAGUAGAUUCGAUACCCUAAACCUGGAAAGAGGGGUGCAGCAAAGAAAGUUUUGUUUGAGCAUAUUUGCUCUUUGUGAUGAUUCCUUCAUACUUGUCAAGGCUGAGGUGACUCUUGGGGUUGAUGGAUGCACUAACGACGCCUUGUCAGUUAUACCGGGAGAGCAAAGAUAUUUUUAUUCGAGCAUAUUUGCUCUUUGUGGUGGCUCCUUCAUACUUGUCAAGGCUGAGGUGACUCUUGGGUUUGAUGGAUGCACUAACGACGCCUUGUCAGUUAUACCGGGAGAGCAAAGAUAUUUUUAUUCGAGCAUAUUUGCUCUUUGUGGUGGCUCCUUCAUACUUGUCAAGGCUGAGGUGACUCUUGGGUUUGAUGGAUGCACUAACGAAGCCUUGUCAGUUAUACUGGGAGAGCAAAGAAAACUAUAUUUGAGUAUAUUUGCUCUUUGUGGUGGUUCCUUCAUACUUGUCAAGGCUGAGGUGACUCUUGGGGUUGAUGGAUGCACUAACGAAGCCUUGUCAGUUAUACUGGGUGAUCCUUCUUGUACUUUUACCUGUCAUUCAAAUGUUGAUAAGGCGGAUUUUUCUGAGGAAAUGCAUGAGGCCUUCUGUUUUGGGUUUAGUUUGGCUUUCAUUUUUUCUUCUCAUUUGAAGAGAGUAUGGUUCAAUACUUCAUGGGAGUUGUAUGAAUUUAUCUUCUUAAAGAUACUGCUAAACCCACUUCAAUUUAAUUCAGGGGGAAUGUCUUUUCAUCUUCAUUUUCCUUAUAAGCGAACUAUGCAGUGCUCUGAGUUUGAUAAACACGGUGUUGCAAGUGUUCGAAAAUGCACUACAGUUAAUGUGUCUAAUCCAUUUUCCUUUCUGGUGUUACGGUAAGCUGUCAUUUUUAUUUUAACCAAGAACAUUGUUGAACUUCAUUUAUUGACAAAAUCUCUACCCCUAAGCCUUAGA